CACCAAGUUUAUUCGCCCAGGGUUUUAGCCGCCGCCGCCGCCGCUUCCCGAGCAGAGAGAGAGAGAGAGAGAGAGGUCGACGCCAUGGUGCAGCGGCUCACGUACCGGAAGCGGCACAGCUACGCCACCAAGUCCAACCAGACCAGGGUCGUCAAGACCCCAGGAGGGAGGCUUGUGUACCAGUACACCAAGAAGCGGGCGAGCGGGCCCAAGUGCCCGGUCACCGGCAAGAAGAUCCAGGGGAUACCUCACCUGAGGCCUGCUGAGUACAAGAGAUCCAGAUUAUCCAGGAACAGGAGGACCGUGAACCGUCCUUAUGGUGGUGUUCUGUCUGGUCAGGCUGUUAGGGAAAGGAUCAUCCGUGCUUUCCUUGUUGAGGAGCAAAAGAUCGUGAAGAAGGUUCUUAAGAUCCAAAAGACCAAGGAGAAGACGACUUCAAAAUGAGACGGCAAAAUCUUUCUAUACCCAUGAGAACUUUUUGGAGGACGGUGGUGAUCAAUGCUUAGUCAAAAAUCCUUAUCGGUAUGCUAGGCUGGUGGUUUCUGAAUCUAGCUAGAGAUUGUGAUCAAUUUUCCAUGUUGUCGGGAUGGAAGUCUAGACAUCUUCUCCCAUGUUCUGAUCCUUGUGGUUGGCUACUAGUUAUAUAUCAACAGAUUUUCAGUGCUUUCUGAGCAUUAUUUGUGCCCCUCUGUUCUUGAAAAAGAAUGUUCUACAUAUGUUGCA